GUCCGCAAAAAGUGAACGAAUCUAAACUGACCGCUGCGGCCGCUUUACGAGCUAUUUCUAGUGUGCCGGCGUUAGCUCCAUUAUUCGCGGCUGGUGGCCUUCAACUGACUCGCGUCCUGCUUCAUUCAGUUCCUCGAGCCUCUAGGGCGCAAAAAAACGCAUAUGUCAUAAGCUAGAGCGGGGGAAAAGGGGAGGAAAGCUCAUAAGUCGUAGAAUUCAGUUGCUGAUGUCGUAGUCGGGCGAGUCAGUUCGGGUUAGUGUGUAGGUAGGUAUCGUCCGCCUUUCGAAAAGAACUGUCUCGAUCUAAUUUCUCCGAACCAAGUAUCCCGGGCCCUAACAGACGUCACUAAUAUUUCAUAUCAUGUCCUGGAUUUAACAGCAAUGCCGUCGUAGACCCAGAAGCGGAUUGGAGGUAUAUAGAAGAGCCUCGGGAUGGCCGGCCAAGUGAUUUUGUCAUCAUGCUCGAGCAUUCCUCACCACAACACUGAGCAUUCCUAUACCAAUUAAAUAUACCCUCUAUCAGGAGUCAUGAUAUUACUCUCGCAGACCCCCCUCUGGACAGCCGUCCUCACGGCGCUGUCCUUCCUAAUACCCGAGCCUGCCGCGGCCCAGACCCCCGCCAGCCCGGCCCUGUGCCAGUGCUACCUCAUCAACGGGUCGUCGCCGCAGUACUUCGCGAACCACAAGUUCUUCGACUUCCGGGACAUCGCGAACCCGCGGGAACCCGCGCCCAUCAACGACCGGAACGCGUCGACCAACGCCCCCGUCACGCACCCCUACUUCACCAGCCCCAACUUCACCACCACCUGGUCGAUCCAGAACUGGGUCGACACGCGCGGCCCCCUCUACAACACGUACUCCAAGAACGAGGUCUACAUCGGGCGCAACGCGGACGUGGGCAACGCGUCCUCGCGCACCGCCCUGACCUUGCGCACCUACCGCCACCGGCCCGGCAACUUCCAGUCCUCGGCCGAGGUCCAGUCCGUCUCCCCCGACUACCGGUUCCUGUCCGUGCGCAUGCACUCGCGCACGCGGGGCGCGCCCGGCGCCGUCGCCGCCAUGUUCACGUACCGGGGCGGCGGCGCGGGGGCCGACGACGUCCAGGAGGCGGACAUGGAGAUCCGGACGUCGGACCCGAACAACAAGAUCCACUACACGAACCAGCCGUCGACGGCGCGCGGGGUGCCGCGGCCGAACGCGACGCGCGAGGUCACCAUCCCGGGGACCUGGACGUCGUGGCGGACGCACCGGUACGACUGGACGCCGGGGCUGAGCACGUGGUACGUGGACGGGCAGCCGGUGGCCUCGAACGCGUUCCAGGCGCCCGUGGACCCGGCCACGCUCCUCUUCAACGUCUGGUCCAACGGCGGCAGCUGGAGCGGCGCCAUGCCCCCCGGCCAGAGCGCCCAGAUGCAGAUCCAGUGGAUCGAGCUCAUCUACAACAACACCGCCGAGCCCCCGCGCUUCGCCCGCUGCGCCAAAGUCUGCAGCCUCGACCUCGGCACCGAACCCGGCGUGCCCUCGCUCGUCGGCAGCUCCGGCCCCUAAAAUCGUUACGACAUGACAAGGCAAUUCUUCCCGGGAAUAGUGUAUUUCCUCCUUUUUCUCUCCUCGCUUCCCUUGGUUUCGGCCUAUAGGCAGGCAUACUUUUUUUAAGGUUUUGAGGAUUCUUCUUUUUUUUUUUUCCCUUCUUUUUUUUCAAGUAUAUAAUUUGGCUGAUAAUUGAAAUUGUGACACGUAUAUACCAACUUACCUACCUUGCUUACCCGAUGUGCCUCGAUGUGCCAAAUAUGUACCUAAGCGACAAGCUUGGCAUAUGCCGUUGGUGACUAGAUUGAAAUGUUAACAUAAUAACUCCGAAAGAGGUAAAAGUGUAACAAGACCACAAGAGGUGUUUUUUACUCGUGUUCCAAUUAAUAAAAACUGCUCGUUUUUUGACCAAAUGACUUGCUUGUGCUGUGUGAUCGAAACUCAAUUAGCGAAUUCUUCUUUAUGCGGCUCAAAUUUCAUUUAUCUAAUAAACGUCAGAGUAAACCACGAGUAGUG